UUUAACAAAAGUAAAGUAAAUUAACAAUUUUUAUUUCAAAUUUUUGGCAGAGAGAGAGAACGAGAGAUAGAUAUACAACAUAAGCUGAUUUUGUAGAUAGCUACGUUAACCGUUUUUGUCGCUCUUUCAGUUAUUAGAAUCGCUUCUUCUCUCUCUCUCUCUCUCUGGAGCUAGCUUCUCAUCACAUUUGACAUUACAAUGAAAUCACUCCUUUCUCCUCUUCUUCUUUUCUUUUCCACUUUGUCUGCCAUGUCUUAAUUAUUAAUUUCUUAAUAUCAUCAAUGCAACAACCUGCGAUUAAAUCAAAUAAUGUCAUUCAUGAAGCUGGGAUCAAAGUCUUCUGAAGCAUUUCAUUUGGAAGGCCAGACAUGGGUAUGUUCAACAGGACUUCCAAGUGAUGUUACAGUUGAAGUUGGCGAGAUUUCUUUCUUCCUCCACAAGUUUCCAUUGCUUUCUAGAAGUGGACUGCUGAAGAAACUCAUUGAAGAAUUGUCAGGCGAUGAUGGAUAUGUUUGUACCUUUCAACUUCAUGAUAUUCCUGGUGGUGCAAAAACAUUUGAGCUUAUAGCCAAGUUCUGCUAUGGUCUAAAAAUAGAUAUCACGCCAUUAAAUGUAGUUAGCCUCAGAUGUGCAGCAGAAUACCUCGAAAUGACUGAAAAUUAUGGCGAAGGGAAUCUUGUUUCGCAGACAGAAGCUUUUCUGAAUGAAGUUUUUGGUACUUGGCCAGACUCCAUAAAAGCCCUUGAAACAUGUGAGGAAGUGCUACCUUUUGCCGAAGACCUGCAUGUUGUUUCAAGGUGUAUUGAUUCCUUGGCAAUGAAGGCUUGUUCGGAUCCAAGCUUAUUCAAGUGGCCAGUGGGUGGAUGUAAAAGCCAAGACAAUGCAAUGGCGAAUGGAAUUUCCACUGAGAUAAAGCCACAACCUCAAGGUGAUAAUUGGUGGUAUUAUGAUGUGUCUUUGUUAAGCCUGCCCUUGUUUAAACGACUGAUUUUAGCCAUUGAAUCGAAAGGUAUGAAACCUGAAAGUGUCGCAGGAUGUCUCAUAUAUUACCUUAGGAGGUUUCUCCCCUUGAUGAAUAGACAAUCAAGUUUCAAGGAUAAAUCACAUGCAACCAUUCCCACAACCUCUGAAGCAGAUCAAAGGGCUCUGUUGGAAGAAAUUGUGGAGUUGCUUCCAAACAAGAGGGGGGUCACAUCCUCCAAACAUCUGCUUAGGUUGCUCAGAACAGCCAUGAUAUUGCGUGCAAGUCCAUCCUGCAAGGAAAAUUUGGAGAAAAGGGUAGGAGCUCAACUAGACCAGGCUGUGCUCGUCGAUCUUCUCAUUCCAAAUAUGGGAUACUCAGUUGAAACCCUCUAUGAUGUAGAUUGCAUUCAUAGGAUUCUUGAUCACUUUAUGUCUAUAUACCUCCCUGCAUCUGUAACAGCUUCCCCACUAAUACUCGAAGAGGGAACAUUGAUAGCUGCAGAUGAUCCAUUGACGUCGAUGACAAUGGUAGCAAGCUUGUUAGAUGGAUAUCUUGCUGAGGUGGCUUCAGAUGCUAAUUUGAGCUUGUCUAAGUUCCAGGCACUUGCUGUUGCAGUUCCGGAUUAUUCUAGGCCACUUGAUGAUGGUAUAUAUCAUGCAGUAGAUAUUUACCUUAAGGCACAUCCGUGGCUGACAGAUACUGAAAGAGAGCAACUUUGCAGACUGAUGAACUGCCAAAAACUCUCAAUUGAAGCAAGCACUCAUGCAGCGCAAAAUGAAAGAUUACCUCUCCGUGUAAUUGUUCAAGUCCUGUUCUUCGAACAGCUUCGGCUUCGCACGUCAAUAUCCGGCUGGUUCUUUGUUUCUGACAAUCUUGCAAACUCACAAGACCAAAGUGGAAAUCUCGGCCUCCAUAGGAGUGAUGGUAAUCAUCAACUGGACUCUGCAGGGGGAACAGACAACGUGAGAGAACGUCUCUUGCAGAUCGAGAAGGAAUGCUCAGAAAUUCGAAAUGAGCUGCAGAAGUUGACAAAGACAAAGAGAAGUUGGAACAUUUUCUCUAGAAGGUUUGGCUUUAGGAGAAAAACAGAUUCUAGCAGUUCAAAAGAAUCAAAUAGCACUAAUGCAAAGACACAAUCGUCCACUGUAAAUGGAAAACCAAAUCGGGAAAGUAGUUGAUCGUGAUCAUUGAUGUCCAAGUAGGUGGAGAUAAAUUCUCUUUUCUGCAACAAGUUCUACUUCUCUAUUUGAAUGAGUUUAUAACUGCAAUCAAAUUGACACUAGAAUAACAGGUUUAGAUGAUGGUAUUUUAGUCAAUGUCUUAGAUCAGUUCAUUCUUAGGAUAUGAAACUCUAGAGUAAACAAUAGUCACCUCUUAGACAAAGUAAAAUGACCGUUCAAUCAAAGAAAGACAAGGAUUCUCUUCAAUUGAGACUUAUAGCAUUUUGCAAUGGUUAAUUAAUACUUAGAAUUUAAGAUGCUCUUCAGAAUUGAGAUGUUAUGCUUAGAUCUAAUCAUCAUGAUGCUUAACUUUUCUUAUAUUAGUUUGUCAUGUUCGUCUUUAUUAUGUGACGUUGUUUGCUGCCUUAAGAUAAUUGAACCAAGAUAUCGUUGUAGCAUAUAACAAUGUUUAGGUGAUUAUGUUAUUAUCGUAUAAACAGAUUUAUUUAGUGAGUAUAAUCAAACAUUAAUAGAAAUGGAUAACACGGAGUUCUUCAUGGGAGAAACUUCACACCCUAUCUGUGAUAACAUUUAUUAAAAGAUGUAAAAAAAUAACUCUUGUUUUAAUAUCGAUUAUGUUGAAGAACUCUACCAUAAUGACAAUUCGUUUUGCACAUUGUAAAAAUACCAUUUCGUUCAACAAAAAUGCUACACACACACGCACUAAAAAUUAACUCAUUAAUUUAGAUGUUCUUUUAAUGAAGAACGUAAAGAGUAUGAAUAUCUAGAUUUGAAUAGAAUUUAGAAGGCAAUGAUAGUUCCACAAACAGUGCAUAUUCAUAUAAACCAGGAACACGUCAAAUAUGUUAUAUAUAACAAAGUAACAGAUUGUUCCAA